AUGGCUGAUUUGUGGGUUUAUAUAAAUCUUAUCUAAUUUCAUUGAAAUCCAAAAUUGCUUGUAGGUUUUUUGUGAUUGUUGCCGUCGCAAUAUUUUUCCUAUUAUGUUGCACAUUGUGCAAAGGAGAUUGUAUGCGUGAGAAAACUCGAACGAGCCACGUGUUUCUUCCGGCUCCGCAAAACAUAGUUGUUCCGCGACCCGAACCGGUUAUCUAUUAUCAGGCUCCACCUCCGCCACCAGCUUAUAAUGUGGUGACGUAUGCGACGCCCCAAAGUUAUAUUCAGCAAGAGUCGAAUCAAGUGUGUUUUAUGUAUUUGAGAUAA